AUGAAUAGUAAUAGUAAUAAUAAUAUUUGUGGAAUACAUAAAAAGAGUUUUGAAUUAAUAUGUUAUGAUUGUAAUGUUUUGAUGUGUUCCGUAUGUUCACCAAAGCAUGCAAGUCAUUCAUUCGAUCAUAUCGAUAAUAUUAAAGCAAAUAUCAAUAAUAAUGAGGAGGAUUCAAAAACUUACACAGAUAGCAAUCAAUUAAAUAAUAAUAAUAAUAAUAGAAUUAAAGAUAUUCAAAGAAGUAUUCAAACAACAUUCGAUUCUUUGAAAAUAAAAGUUGUGGAAUAUGAACAAUUACAACAAACAGAACAAGAGAUUGAAAGUAAAUUCAAAGAGUUACAUGAAUUCCUUGUUGUUGAAGAACAUAAACUAAAGACAACUAUCGUAGAUAGUAAACAACAAUUAGAACAACAAAUCGAUAAACAAAUCAAAAUCAUGAAAUCAUUGAAUACUGUUAAUAAUCAUAUUAAUAUUAAUAAAAAUAAUAAUAAUAAUAGCAAUGAUCGAUCAGAUAUACAAUCAACAGCCAUAUCAACAGCAGAUACAACAGAUAACUACCAAAUAACAACAAUAAUUCGAUCGAUUUCACAAUGUUCGGAUCACAAUGAAUUCAUUUCAUCGAACAACAAUACAUUGUUCUAUUUCGAUUAUGAUCAACUUGACAACAAAGUAAACAACAAUGAUGAUCAUUCACUUUUAAAUUUAUUACUUGAACACAAUAAAUCAAUUAAAAUCAAUAAUCAUCAUGACAAUCAACAACCAACAACGCAACAAUAUCGAUUUAUUGUUUAUCAUGAACUAUUUAAUCAAAUCAAAAAUCAAAUUCAAUCAUCAUUCAAAGUAAUACCAAAUCAAUCACAUAUUCAGCACAAAAUAAUAUCAAACCAACAUAAACAAUCAUAUAUAUUCUCAGCUGAUAGAAAUAUUAAAAUAUCAAUCAUCAAUAUUACAGAUCGAAUCAACAUUCAUUUCGAACAACAAGAUAUAGAUAUGAAAAUGGAUGAUUCAUUUCCAGCAUUCAACUCUAUUGUUAAAGUUGGUGACUUUAUCUAUAUAUUUGGUGGUGGAUAUAAUAAGCACAAUAAAUAUCUAAAGUAUUCAAUCAACACCAAAACAGUAGUUAUCGAAGAAAUGAAAGGUGUUGAUAAAUGCAGCUAUUUAUCAGCUUGUUAUGAUGGUCAAGAUCAUAUCUAUAUAUUCGAUGCAAAUGGUAAAACAAAAACCGAUAUUUACAGAUACAACAUCAACAAUUCAACAUUUGAAAGAUACUCAACAAUCGAAAUCAACACAGAUUAUCAUCAUCUUACAUUCCUCUUCAAAGGUUAUAUCUAUACUUUCACUCCAGUGAUUAAUAAGAUUUUUCAGUUUGAUAUACAAAACAAAACAACUGUUGAAUUACCAAUUGAAAUACCAGAAAACGUUUCAGAAAGAGCAGUAUGUACAGAUGGUAAUGGUAAUAUCUAUAUUCAAUCAUCUUUAGGAUUACAUAGAAUCAAUAUAGAAAUUAGUGAAAUCAAAUUAUUCGAUAAGAGUAAAAUCAAUUUUCAUGGUAAUCACAAUUUAAUUUAUCAUCAAUCAGAUGAUGGUCAAGCCUAUAUUUAUUCAAUCGAAGGAAAAGAUAAAAAUUUUAUGUUCUCAUUUGAAAACAACAAAUGGGAAUCUAUUCUUCCAAAUGAUCAAUAUUACAGAACCUAUUGUGCAAGCAUAUUUUAUCAUCAAGACCAAUAA